AUGACUGAACCAACUGCAAAGAACGCGCCUUUCCGGCCGCAAGAUCACCUCAAGCCAUUCCCCCCGCUGUCACCAACAACAUCCGAGCCAUUGAACCCAUCAACCUCUCCCAAUCAAGAAGCCGAGCCGAACCAGAAUGGACCAGCCCACGCCAACAAACAACCCCCAAGUGACUCAACCAGCGACUCAACCAUCCCCCCUCUCCCAACCGUGAUCGCACGUAUCCACGCCCGCGUGCAAGCCUUCCUAGACGAACCCCACGCCCCGGACACGCUGCUAGCCUCCGUGCAGCGACAAACGCGCAUCUCGCUAGAAGUAGUCAGCACGGCGCUGCAGCGCUACAAGCUCUCGGAACUCUCAGUCUCUUAUAACGGUGGCAAGGACUGUCUAGUCCUGCUAAUUCUGUUUCUGGCCGGGUUGCAUCCAAACCGCGCCCGCAAUGACUCACACCCCGCCACCGCAAACGCAAAUGAUACAAACCCCUCCCCGGUAGACCUCGAAGCCGAGGCCCAAAUAGCCGCUGCGACGGUCAUCCCGGCGAUCUAUGCGCUCCCGCCUGAUCCAUUCGAUGCAGUCGAAGACUUCGUCAUCUCUUCUGCUGAAGCUUAUCAUCUCGCUAUUACAAAGUACACGACUGCGCCGCCGGAUUCGACGCUCCGCUCUAGCUUUGAGGACUAUCUGGCGCGCCACCCUGGGAUCCGGGCGAUAUUUGUUGGCACGCGGCGGACGGAUCCGCACGGUGCGCAGCUGACGCAUUUUGAUCGGACGGAUGGGGGGUGGCCUGAUUUUGUGCGCGUGCAUCCCGUGAUUGAUUGGCAUUAUGCGGAGAUUUGGGCGUUCAUCCGGCAUCUGGAUUUGAAGUAUUGUUCGCUCUAUGAUGAGGGAUAUACCAGUCUUGGCGGCACGUCUGAUACCCAUCCUAAUCCGAGAUUACGGACUGGAGCUCAGGCUGAUGGACAGUAUCUUCCUGCUUAUCAGCUCACUGAGGAUCUGGAGGAGAGACUUGGGCGCAAUUGA